CAAGUGGAUGAUAACGGAUGGUUGAUUUGUGGGGCGUUUUGCGAAAGAAUGCCCUUCCUUCAAGUGCGAGGGUUCGGGCUCUACCGCACAAUCUUACAAGGUCAGACACAAGAACCUGAGGAGGAAGAUGUGGACAUAUCCAUUCCAGGUGCUAGCAACAGAAAGGUGGCUGCCUUCAACGCCAGGAGAUUCUUUUUAGCUGUUUGUGCCGCAGUCGCAUUGUUGAUGGCGAUUGCAAGAGCGUGGUCAUGGAAGCAUAUGGGCUUGGUAAAACAUGAUCAGGAACCUAGCUUCUUGGACAAGUAUAACCACACCAUUGGCGAUGUAUGGAAAAACAAAUCAUCACUUUUCUGUUUCAUGGUCGUGCAGCCAGGGAUGGAGAUGGAAUUGGCAAAGUUUCAGUUCAAAAAGAGGACGGGCAUUUUUCAGUGUAACCACUGGGCCGUGUAUUCCGACGGUCCACCCAAAGCGAUCGUGCUGGGCGUGCACCAUGAUGGAACUGUGGAGAAGACAAUCCCUAUUCCAGGUCCUCCAGCGAUGAAAGGCAUGCAAACCUGCCUUGGUUGCGCAUCACCAAAGCCUUACAUCAUGAACGCGAAUGUGCUCAUGCGGGCCUGGGACAAGGCAGCGAAAGAUGGCAUUGCAGGACAGCAUGCCUGGAUCGUCAAGGUGGAUGCUGAUUCAAUGAUGAGUCCACAGCGGCUCGUUGAGCAGAUCAAAGAGCACGGGAAAUAUGAUGUACCAGAUCUGUGGCCAGGGAGGUUCUUCAAGAACUGCCAGAUCCUGAACUCAAUGCAAGGUCCAGUGGAGAUUCUUUCACGACAAGCCUUUUACAACUUUGUUGCAAACAAGUACAAAUGUUAUCAGAACAUGGAUUGGACUCACAUGGGUGAAGACAUCUUCACUCUUCAUUGUCUCCAACAGCUGGGAGUUUGGUCUACUCUCAUUCCUUCGAUGCUGCAUGACCAGUACUGCACCUACAGUGGUUUCCCCAACUGCUGGGAAAGCAAAGUCGCUGUGUUUCAUCCUUUAAAAAACUUGGAAGGGCAGGGAGACUGCUGGUGGAAGAUGAAUCAGAUCGAUGAGAAAGAGAGAAAGGCAAAGGAAGCUGCAGCUGCAGCCAUAGCAACCGCAGCCCCAAUAGCAACCGCAGCCCCAACGGCCGCGGCGCCCGCGGCCUCCACCACCACGGCUCCGGUGGCCAACACCUCGGCAAUGCCAGCCGGAGUGGCACGUGUGCAUCAUUUGUUUUUGACCAAGAAAAAUCCACAACGGCCAGCACCAGCUGAGAAGGCUUAGCCAAUGAGCCAAUGUGAUCCUGCAGUUCAGGCUUCUUUGAGUUGCCCUGAUGGCAGGAAGUUCCACCCCCUCAGCCUGAGGAGAGCGCUUUGCUACCACUUGAGCGAACAGGGCUUCCUACCUUCGCUCAACAGAACAUGUUGUUUUUGAUUGAGGCAUUGGUUUG